UCCUUUCUGGGGAGGCAACAGACCAGACUACUGUGGUCAUCCGGGCUUCCAACGCGCAGAAUCUGACUCUGUUUUUCGGCUGCAGCCAAAUUCCAGUUCUACAACUGGGCAGUUCUGGGCAGUUCAACUGCAGUGUUAAUGGGAUUGAUGACAGAAAUUUUUAUCUGACUAGAAGCACACUAUUCUCCAAAAGUAUGAUAAGUUGUUUUUCAAGUGUCAUAGUUCCAGUCUUUCAAUCUGCAGCUCAGGCUCUGGAGGGUAAUUCAUCUUCUUCAACAAGUCUAAAGGCAGCUCUUGAUGGUGGUUUUGGGUUGCAGUGGUCUGCAAAUAGUGAUCUGUGCAGUCAAUGUGUCACAUCGGGUGGGCAAUGUGGGUAUGAAUCGGGUUCAAGCUCAUUUACUUGCUUUUGCUCAGAUAAAGCUUAUGCAUCCUCAUGCUCUGCAACUCAGAAUGGAUCAACUAAAGGGCUCCAGAUUUGGUUGAAAAUUGGUAUAGGAACUAACAGGAUGUGUUCAUUUCUGUUGGAGCUAGCAAUAUUCAUAGAAACUGCCAUGUUUUUGAGUUUUCAAACCACUCCAAAUCCUUUUGGCGGAUUGCCUGAACGACGAGAAGAACCAACUACAAUAAAACAGUUCCAGGACUUGAAACCUAUCAUAUUCACUGGCAGUACAAACCCACUGGUGGCAGAAGCUUGGGUCAGAGAUAUAGAGAAAACUUUUCGCGUACUACCUUGCACAGAAAGGCAGAAGGAGACUUUUGCCACAUUCACCUUCAAAGACGAUGCACAAGAAUGGUGGCUUCUUACUCUGGAGAAAUAA